GCUUCUCUCAGAGCUUCUCACGAAUAUCGAAGAUUCUUUCGAUUCUUGAAUCUUUUUUUUUUUUGCUGAAUACUUUCGAUUCUUGAAUCAGUUUUUCGAGAUGGGUCUUAAAGGAUUCGCCGAAGGAGGCAUUGCUUCGAUCGUCGCCGGCUGCUCCACCCACCCGCUGGACCUCAUCAAGGUCCGAAUGCAGCUCCAGGGCGAGCCGGUCCGGGCACCCGCCCCGAGCCCAGCCCUCCAGCCCUCCUUAGCCUUCAAUUCUGGCCGUGCAGCUGCCUUCCCCGCGGCCGUCCCGGCGCCGCCCCGCCCCGGCCCUAUCUCGGUGGGCAUCGGGAUCGUCCGGGCCGAGGGGGCUGCAGCUCUUUUCUCCGGGGUUUCCGCCACCGUGCUCCGGCAGACCCUCUACUCGACCACCCGGAUGGGGCUGUACGACGUGCUGAAGCAGAAAUGGACCGACCCCGACUCGAACAAGAUGCCGCUGGGGAGGAAGAUAGCGGCGGGUCUUGUUGCCGGUGGGAUCGGGGCCGCCGUGGGGAACCCCGCAGACGUGGCGAUGGUGAGGAUGCAAGCCGAUGGCCGGCUUCCCGCAGCUCAGCGGCGCAACUACAGAGGUGUCGGUGAUGCGAUCAUGAGCAUGACGAGGCAGGAGGGGGUGGCGAGCCUGUGGCGGGGCUCAUCCCUCACGGUGAACCGCGCGAUGAUCGUGACAGCCUCCCAGCUCGCCACGUACGACCAGGUGAAGGAGGCGAUCCUAGGGAACGACCUCAUGGCAGACGGGCUUGGGACCCAUGUGACCGCCAGCUUUGCAGCUGGGUUCGUGGCAGCCGUGGCCUCGAACCCCGUGGAUGUGAUCAAGACCCGUGUGAUGAACAUGAAGGUGGAGCCAGGGGCAGUCCCGCCCUAUGCAGGAGCACUGGACUGUGCCUUGAAGACGGUGCGGGCGGAGGGACCAAUGUCCCUCUACAAAGGGUUCAUCCCCACGAUCUCCAGGCAGGGUCCAUUCACGGUGGUCCUGUUCGUGACGCUCGAGCAGGUUCGAAAGAUCCUCAAGGACUUUUAAUUGCGACGAUGACGAAAAAAGUUAUUAUACGAGAUUAUUUGUUGUAGUCCAAUAAUUUUUCUUUCUUUUUUUUCCUUCCUAUUUUGGGUAUUCAUUUUUUAGAUGAUAUAUGAGAUGAAGAGAUUUUUAACAUAAAUCAGAUCCCAUUUAUUUGUCUUCUAACUGUUGUAUUCUAUACCUGGGAGUAAUCCAAAGAAACGUGGGUUUACGUUAA